AACAACGGAAGGCCAUCUUGAGUAUUAUUGACAACCUCUCAGGGGUUGGUGAUCUUGUCUAUCCCGUUCCUUUCACUGUUUUAUUCCUUUUCUCGACGCUCUUUAGAACCCGUUUUACCUUUUCUUUUUGUCGGAUUUUAUUGAUACGGAUUCUUUUCUUCUGUGACGCGCCGUCAUGGCACCCAAGUUCAAGGAUGGGGAUGCCGUCGUGGCUGUUAAUGGCAAAUGGGUCUCAUGGAGUCAUACUGUUGUCGCGUAUGCGGCCUUCUUCAGCGCGCUUGUCGUCGGGAUGAGUCUGCACUUCCACAAGAUCGUCCAAAACGAGCAUUACGGCUACCCCGACGAGUGGUUUCCCUCGGUAUCGGCAACAAUUGGCGAUCGAUAUCCAGAGCGGUCCGUCUUCCAGGUCUUUAUUGCGAUCACGUCGGGUCCCCGGUUUGCCCUGGUCUUCCUGUGGUACAUCCUCACGGCGCGUCCUAACUCGGCGCUCCCCAAGAUCGUGGCGGGCACAGGAAUCUUCCGCACGCUCAUGUGUGGAGGCUGGACAUAUGUAACCUCGACCGAUGACCAUGACUGGCAUGACAUUUUCAUGAUUUCCUACCUUGUCGCCACCUUGCCGUGGACUCUGGGCUGCCUGGCUCUAAGCCCCAACAACCGCCGUGCCGUGAAGUAUCGCAAGAUCAUGGCUAGCUUGUUCUUCGGUACCCUGGUACCUUUGAUCUAUUAUUUCAUUCAACACAAAGUCCACAAGGUUGCUGGCGCUUACACCCGGUAUGCGUUUUUUGAGUGGUCUCUCAUCCUGUUUGAUGUGGGAUUCGAUGCGAUUACCGCAAUUGAUUUUGAAGGGUUUGAGCUGGUGGUCCGGGAUGUCAAAGGCGUCAGUCGAGGACAGUUGAAGACCACCGCGGAUGCUGUUCUCGAAAAAGAGAAGGGAAAGCCCGUGGGCAACACUUUUGGCGAGGGCUUUUUCUGGUCCGAGAUCACCGAUGCUGCUGCUGAUGUCUACAAUGGGUUCGUCUUUUGGUCCAUUCUUACCAGUCUGGGUGUUCAAAUUUGGUACUUCCCUCUUUGGUCGAUGGGUAUCUCUGGAUAUGAGGUGGUGCUUCUGAGCUGCAUCGCUCCAUUCCUGCUCGCCAUUCCUGGGCUCAGGUCCCUUGCAACAAAGAACACUCGCAUUUUGCAUCUCCUGUCUCUGGCCGGGUUGCUCGCCUAUAAAGUACAAGAACCGGCCAGUCGAUUGCUCGUAACCGGCUUCGCCGUUUCCACGACAUGUAUCGCUUGGUCGGCUACUUUCUUCGGGGAAAGAGGACAAGCCGCUCGCCUGGACGCUCGUAUCCUUGCAUGGGCCGCGGGUUUGACCAUGUCCAGCAUCGCCAAAUUCGCUUGCCGAACCAACAAUCCGAUUUGGCCAAUCAUGCAUGCCGAAAAUGGUGGUUGGAACAAGUUAGGUAUUGCACUCGCUGUGUUUGCCAUUCUCCGUUCCACCCGGCGGUCCGCAACUCCUGGAAGUGACUACCUUCCCUCGACUGGCAAGAAGGGCUCUCCCGUUCUGGCUGGUCUUGGAAUUGGAGGUCUCAUCUUCGCCAUGCAUUCUCUCUUGUCUGACUCCAGCACCAUGAUCGCUUGGGUCUGGGAAGGAUACCCGAUUCGGGGUCCCAUCGCUGUGCCUCAUGGUGCAGUCACCAUCUUCGCAAUGGGUGCCGGGCUCGUAUAUGGAGUCUUCAACCCACGCUUGGCUGGAAGCUGGACGGCCUUUGGCCUUGGGUCCAUCGGGGCCGCCUUCCUCACUUGUUACAGUCACUGGACGGGCUUUUAUGGCGGUCUCGUGCUCACGUUCUACCUCCUCGCUGUGACCCCGGUUCUGAUUUCAUCUGCGGUCCGCCAUUCACCCGCGGUUACCUUCGGCCUAGGAUUUCUUGCUUAUGUGUUCUUGGUCCUGUUCCACGUCUGGGUGGUUGCGUACGCUUUCGUUCCAGGUGGUCCCCUUGUCCGGGAACAUACCGAUUGGCUUAUGACCACGAUGAUGUUGCUUCUCGGCGCUGGUGUUUUCUCGGCGUCUGUUUCGAACUCUGGCCCGACAAAGCACAAGCCAGUCAAUCCUAACAGCAAGAGAACCAAGUCUUACUACGUGUACGUCCUGGCCGCUCUGCAGCUUCUUUCGGUGUCGAUUGCGUAUUUGCGUUUCCCAACCAACGACUACGUCCCCUACCACAAGGAAGACAAGGUUGCCACCGUCGGUAUCUGGACGAUCCACUUUGCUUUGGACAACAACAUGUGGUCCUCCGAACGACGGAUGCGGGAUGUGAUCAAGGAGCUCGAGCUGGACGUCAUCGGUCUCCUCGAGUCGGAUAACCAGCGGAUUAUCAUGGGUAACCGGGAUGCUACGCAGUUCCUCGCCGAGGAUCUGGGCAUGUACGUGGACUUUGGCCCUGGGCCGAACAAACACACCUGGGGCUCGGCGCUUCUCUCCAAGUUCCCGAUCGUUAACUCAACCCACCACCUGCUGCCUUCUCCCGUUGGUGAAUUGGCACCGGCCAUCCACGCCACCCUCGACAUGUAUGGGGAAAUGGUAGAUGUGGUUGUUUUCCACUCCGGUCAAGAAGAAGACCCGGAGGAUCGCCGCCUCCAGACCGAGUACCUGUCCCAUCUGAUGGGCGACUCACCACGACCAUUGAUCCUGCUGAGUUACCUCGUCACCAAGCCCUUGGAAGGCAACUACAACACCUACGUCAGUGAAACGAGCGGCAUGAAGGAUAUCGAUCCCACCGACUGGGACCGAUGGUGCGAGUACAUUCUUUACAAGAAACUGAAGCGAACCGGCUACGCCCGAGUGAGCCGGGAUACCAUCACCGACACAGAGAUCCAGGUCGGUAAAUUCGUCAUUGGCGAACCUGAGGCGGAAGAUGAGCUUCGCGUCCCCGAGGAGACGGUGCCCCAGGGACGCCGCUUCCCAGCCAUGUUCCGAGGCCAGGGAGUCCGUGGUCAUCGCUACCACGUGUUUGACGAGCCGAGAUACUGGCAAUAAUAAUCUCUCCCAUUGCGGUGUUUGCUGUGAGUAUAGGGGGAUUGUCAGAGUCAUGAAUUUUCCCCUCUAGCUCUAUCAUUUCAAACGUAUCAUCAAUCAAUGGUUCUAAGCUGAAACUAUAGAUAUAUAUUAACCCACCUUUUUGCUUCAAAACCUGUCUUUGCUCUAUCUAAACCAAGACACUAUUUCUCUUUAAUGGAACACAUUCCAAUAGUCUAUAUUUAUCAUAAAAUUCUCAUAUUCAAACCUCGU